AUGGCCCUGUCGCUCAUCGCUCAGGUGGACACAAUUAGCGAAGGCUUGCUGAUGGCGUUUCACAUUCUCUCCGCGACGAGCAUCGUCUCGGCAAAUUCGUUGCUUCUCAUUGCGUUCUGCAACUCGAAGCCCAUUCUGCGGAGAAACAACUUCCUUUACGCGUUAAGCAUCACGGUGUGCGAUCUAAUUGUCGGCGCCGGUUGGUUCUACAACGGCCUUCACGAUAUCAACGACAGCAUCGGGUUGUACUACAGUCCGGCAAAGAUCUUUCCUACCAUUCACGGCGUGUCUCUGGUCACCCUCAUGUGUGCGACUUUAGACCGCUACUACGCCGUGCAAUCUCCUUUCAAAUACAAGCUCGUGAUGACGAGGACAAAGGUUCUCUUAAUUAUCGGUGUCACGUGGGCAUUUCCGAUAAUAACGCUGGUUGUUGAAGGUGCACUGCUAGGCGAAUCGGGUGAUGUGUAUCACGGUUUCUCGACUCUCUUCUUUUCGAUGUUCAUGCUCUUCGUCAUGAUUUUUCUAAAUCUGAGGCUUUACAUCGUCACCAGGCGGCAACAGAGCAGAGAAACCAAUUCUGAGCACGCUUACAAAAACAGAUCCGCCUGGCUCAUUAUCAUCACGUCAACGUCCUUUCUCAUUUUCUGGGCACCCUCCCUCUUUUAUAUCAUCAUUUGCUUCACCGUCAAAGCCUGUUUUCAUGUCGAGAACAAUGCAAAAAAUCCGCUUGUGUUCAUCCGCAUGUUAAACACACUGAGCACGCCGAUAAUCUUCUUGCUGGGAAGCCCGCUGACCAGAUCUUCUCUGAAGGACCUGGCGCAGCGUCUCCGUUGCAAAAGAUCGCACGUGGAGCCCGUUGGAAACCGAAAUUGA